GUGUUCGCACACGGCUCUAUUUGACUGACGGAACGCGGCGUGUUUUUGGGGCGAUGGAAACAUUGGGAUAAAAACUUUUGGCCCUGUGACCCGAACACCAUGACACACCAGUGUACAAUCUGCCUGAAACAGUUUGAUUUUGUUUCCAAGCUUCGCCGUCACCAGCUCGUACAUUCGGGACAGAGACCUUUCACGUGUUACGUUUGCCUGAAAUCUUUUCGGCAGUCGGCUCAUUUGAAAGGACAUUUGAAAAGCCAUUCGAAGCUGAGGGAGGUUUCACUCAUUGUAUCACAAGCAAUUAAUUCUCAGAUAUCCUACACCAAAGCAGAGGAAAGUUACAACAAACAUGUCGGAGCUCAGAUUUCAGAAGAAGGAGACGUUGGUGAUGAAGAUGAAAAUAUGUGGUACGGUUCCCUUCAGACAAGUAACGAGAGUGAAUCUGAGCAGCAGAAUGAUGGCACGGACAAGCAGAAACACGUUAAACUCCUGAUAACCGAUAAUGGACGGACGUGUGACUUUGUGCAGGGGAAUUACGAUGGAUUUGAAGACUUGUCCCAUGAAGAAAAUGUUCAAAACUGUCAGUAUUCUGAGUGCACUAAAAUUCUGCCUAAUUCAGCAAACAACACAGAGUCCAGUGUUGAAAAACAAGAACAUCUGGGAGCAAUUUACAAUACAGAAGACACACAAAAACCAGAUUCUUCUGUAGAGGAAAAAAUGGCAAAGAUGACCAAUAGGCACCAGUGUUCAGUGUGUCUGAAGUGUUUUUCUGCACCAUCAAAACUUAAGCGUCACGUUUUAAUUCACGGCAGCGUUAGGCCUUUUUGCUGCGAGUUCUGCCCUAAAGCUUUCCGACAGCUUGCUCACUUAAAAAUGCACCUAUCCACUCAUUUUCCACAGAGCCAAAAAAAAGCAAAAGAAGCCAUUCCUGGAAACACUGUCUCUCAGAAUCCAAGUCAUCCACUGGAUACCAUGAAUACACUGGAGUAUCGUUCUAAACCCUUAAAGAGACAAUGCACAGAAGAAGCUGGAGAGAUUGAGAAGGAGAUAAAAGGAUCAGAAAGUGUUCAUAUGGAGCCAUUUCCUAAAAAUGUGAAAAGCGUAAAGAGUUUAAAUACUGCUGAAAGUUGGACUAAGAGUAAAGUAGAGCAUGAAUGCCCAGUGUGCCGCAAGUGUUUCAGCGCCCCAUCAAAGCUGAGAAGGCAUUGUCUCAUUCACACAGGUCAAAGACCGUUUCAAUGUUCUUUAUGCUGCCGUGCGUUUAGGCAACUUUCCCACCUGAAAGCACACCACAGUGUUCACACCGGUCCCAGAAAGAAAUUUACCUCCUCACUCCAGAUGCACAGAUCCGUCCAGCCUCAGCCUUGUACCAAUCGAACCUCCAAGGCUAGACUGAAGCGUUUUGUACACAUCAACCUCACUAGGAAGUUCAGAUCUGCAAAACAGAAACUGAAAAUGUCUGCUGCACUUUUGAGUCUGUCACCUGCUUCAAGAAUUAUGAUCAACGAGAAUAUUUCAGAAACUGGUGCCAUCAAGUCCUCAAUGGACCAAGAGAUCAACCGUAGACAAGAUUACUCUUGCUCUGUGUGUUCAAAACACUUCAACGCUCCUUCCAAACUUCGACGCCACAUCUUGAUUCACACAGGGCAACGACCUUUCAGAUGCUCAGUUUGCUUUAGAGGCUUCAGACAGAAAUCCCACCUGAAGGUUCAUAAGUGUAAAGGAGGAAGCAGAGGAACGUUUCAGUCUAGCAUAAGUGAGGUCCAUCCGAGAGACCUUGAUAUUUCCAGAUCUAAUGUGAGCAUCAGAAAUGAGGAUGAGAUUGGCAGGGGGAAUUUCAUAUCCAGCAGUGGAAUGGGAGACAGCUAUGUUUGCUCAACUAGUAUUGGACUAGCAUCCAAAUAUAUCCCAGAAGACAGUGAUGAGCUCACAUCUCUUUCUUACAAAGCCGUUUCCAGGCCUCUGGAUGAAGCAAAUCAGACUAAAGAAUCUGGGUACCAGUGCACAGUAUGCUUCAAAAUAUUUGACUUCCCUUCCAAACUUUCUAGGCAUCUCCUCAUCCACAUGGACAUCAAGCCUUUCAAGUGUAGCAUCUGCAACAAGUCCUUCAGGCAGCUAUGUCACCUACAGAGCCACUCCAAGGUUCAUGUGGUUAGAAAGAACGUUCUCUGCCAAGGAACCUACAAGAGCAGGAUGAGAUCUUCCAUCUCUGAGACAUCAGAGACAUUCAGCGAAACAAAUAACUGUACAAGAGAGUCUGGAAAACUUCCUGUGGCACAGAAACCAGAUCGUUACUGUGACAACCAAAAUACAAAUCUAGCUAAUAAUUCUUCAUGUUCCAGUUCCAUAAACAUAGAGGAAUUCCCACCAAACAUCGAGGGCAUCAGUUCUCCAGUUGAAGUCCACGAAGGUGAAGACUCUUCCAGCCAGAUGAAGAGAAAUGCAAACCAGUGCAUCUUCUGUCUGAAGACUUUUGAUUUUCCAUCAAAGCUUUCCAGACAUUUGCUCGUCCACACCGGCAUCAGGCCUUACAAGUGCCAUGUUUGUUGCAAGUCCUUUAAGCAGCUCAGCCAUCUUCAGUGUCACCAAUGGGUCCACAGUAGAAAAGAUAACAGUGAGCUCAAAGUUAGCGUGGUGAAUCCCAUCUCCUCUGGUGAGCCCACCCUGACUGAUGAGCCAGACCUUCAUCAAGAGAGUUCUGAAAGUUUAGCCAUGGUAAAUCAAGGUCAUGAUGGAUACACUGUGCAAGUCCACCAUCAGAAAUGGAUUUCUAAAGACAAUAACUGCUGUCCUUCUGAUCCAGGUCAUGGUGAGGGCAAGGUCAAGUCUGAAACUGAUCUUCUGGUGGAUAAGUCUGUGUAUCCUACCUUAAAACCUGACUCAGAUCCAUUUGGUGCUGAUAGUACUUCAAGGAAGAUACUUUACAAAUGUGUGGAUCAACAGGCUGAGAAAAUGGAGAGCAAUGAUUUUAAACACUGUUUGAACAGAACAGAUGAAGUUCACCCAUCUGCUGCUGAUAGGACUACCAGAAUUCCAGGUUGGAAUAGUAUGGAUCAACAAGAAAUGGUUGAAACUAGAGAUCCUGGUCCUUUUCCUCAGAAGAUUGAUAGGACAAAUUUGCACAGUCUCCCCUUUUGUAUUCCUGAGGACUCUUUUCAAAGAUCUCCAACUAUCCCUGAUUCCUGCAAACUUGAGUUGAAUCAUCACCACCAAGAUUCCAAGAAGGGCGAAGGACGUAAUCAACACCUGACAGAACCUCCAAAUGACCUGCCAAUAUGUCCGUCCUGCAGCCAGUGCUUUGAUUCGUUGCAAAAACUUAAUGCACACAAUUGUUCAGUCCACUGUCCUAAACAGAGACUCUCAAAGUCCUACCAGUGUGCAGUUUGCUUCAAAAGCUUUGAAGCACCAUCGAAGUUGAAGAGACACUAUGUGAUACACACGGGACAGAGACCAUAUCGCUGUAGCAUGUGUGACAAAGACUUCACCCAAUCAAGUCAUCUCAAAACACACAUGUUGUCCCACAGGUAGCUAACAUUUAAAACUAAAAAUUUAAAAUGUUUUUUUUUUUUUUUUUUUUUUAAUCCAAAUUUUCAAAUUGUUGUCUGGUGUGGUGGUGCAGUCAGAAUCUUUGCUGCUUCAGAACUUCAGCUCUGGUUCGAUCCUGAGCUCAGGUUACUGUCUGUGUGGAGUUUCACAUGUUCUCUCAGUGCCCAUGUGGGUUUCCUAUGGCUUCUCCACUUUCCAAAAACAUGCGGGUAGGUGGAUUGGCUAAGCUAAAUUACCUGUAGAUAUGAACGAGUGUGUGAUGAAGCUCAUCACUUCACGCCCACCAUCUUGACCAAAAUGAGAAGAAGAGUUAAACAAAAGAUUUGGCUGUAGACCUUCAUCACCUAAACCUGAAAUGCUUAUGAAACUAUCUCGUUAGAUUAAAUCAUUAACUAAACGUGUGUGUUUUGGAAAGGCGAAGAGGCAAACGGUUAAAACAACAAAGAAUGUAUGAUUUUUUUUUUUGUAUUUGAACUAUUAACAGUUAUUUGAAUUAUUUUGAAUUUUAAUACUAUCCAAAUAACAUUUUUUCAUCUUUAAAUAAUUUCACUAACCAUUUUUUAGUAAACAUACAGUAGGUAAAUGUAUAAAGAGGGAUUUUUUUGUUUUGUUCUGUUUUGUUUUUUUGCUGUUGCUGCUGGCAGUGACAGUUCACUGAAUUAACAAAAAAAAUUGACAAAUCUUUUUUAAAGAAAUAAUUUGGUACAAUUAGACAAAACAUUGGUGUUGUGAUGAAAUUAAAUGAGUUGUGGAUCACCUUGCAGAGUUUUUAUCCGCAUAAUUGUUAUUUUAACCUGAUCAUAAUCUAAUGGCUGUAAAUGAUCUGUUAAUUUAUUACAUUAAAAGGUUUUUGAUUUCUCAAUUUGCUCUAACAGUAUGAAAUAAUAAAACUGUAAAUUAGACCAUUUUAUAACGUUGAUUUUAAAACUUUGUAAAAUACUUUGUAAAGUUCUGAAUGUUGAUAGUAAUAAGGAUUAUUGUUAUUUUUUAUUUAUAAUUACACUUCUCACAUUCAAAACAGCUUUAACAUUAAUAACAGAGUCCAGAUGGUUACAUGACAGAAAUAAAUAAAUGAACAGUGAAUAGCGCUUCUUGGUUGUACAUCAGUUGGUCCAUAUAUUCAGACUUUGCUAUUCCUGUGUAGUUUAAUCCAUGUGCACUAGGUGGUGCCACCUGUCUGUCUAUAAGAGGAUUAUUCCUGUUCAUUUAGAUACGAGAUUUAAAAAACCUGGCCUCAACCCCUGUCAACUGUCCACCUAUAGUCCAAUAUCCCUCCUCCUUUUUAUCUCCAAGACCCUAGAAAAGGUUGUAGCACAGCAGCUAUGCUCAUACUUACAUCGGAAUAACAUUCAUGAAAAUGUAUCAGUCAGGAUUUAGGCCUCAUCAUAGCACAGAGACAGCGCUGGUUAAAGUGGUAAAUGACUUACUGCUGGCCUC